AUGGACCAAAAUAUGGAUGGCAGCCGUCCGCCUUACAAGAAGGCCGAACUGAAUCCUCAUGCCGCGGGCUUCUGCCCUCCUGCUUCCCGCAGAACAGACACAAACAGCAUUUCUCGCCACUCGUACGACUUGUACACGCGCCCGAGUUCGACUACAUCGAACUUCUCUUUCGCCUCGCAAAUCAGCCAGGCUCGUUCAGAUGAGGGUCACGAUUUCUCGCAGAGCCUGGCAAAAUUUCGACUCGGCGAUCCAUUCCGCGAGAACCGUAACACCGCACAACACAUUGAUUCUUUCAUCGACGGCGGUCAUCGUUUUCACCAGAUUCCCGGUCACAAUCCGAACUUUAGUUUGUUCAAUCAAUCUACGAGGGAUGGCCGACACUAUUUAUCACACCAUGUGACUUCUCAUAGCUCCCCUCGCAGAACAUCGAACAGCACCACGCAAAGUGGAUCUGGGUGCGCGAACAGCACACCUACAUCGGACUCCUCGCUGUAUCAAUCGAGCUCGACAAACUGGAAAGGGAGACUUGGUUCGUCGACGCGUGAUCGUCACGAUUCCACCCAAGAGCAGUGGGUAAAGAAUGACGAGCAUGCCAGAGCAAUUGCGAGACAUAUCAUGGCGGGACACACUGCGCCGCCCGAUGACCGCGGUCUUUGUGGAGGACUUGUCGAAGGAGCUCAAGAGUCUUCAAGUGCAGCGAGCACACUCGCAGUGCAUAUCAAAGGGAGCAAAAUGUUCGGCGAAAGCUCCGUAGACAAGUCGCUGAUCAAAGCUGCUCGAAGCCUUGGCUCCAGACCUCAGCGACCGCAACCAGAGACCAGGGCAGCUCCAAUCUGGUUCAACAAAGUCAUGCAACAGAAUUAUGUUCCAAAUCUCUCGGAGGCAUUGGCCAGCAUACCUUUCCUCGAGCCCUGCCAUGCUGAUUCAAACUCAAAUACCAGCGUUCUUCGUAUCACCAACAUACCUUAUGCCAUUACCCGACAAGAAGUUAUUGCAUUUGUCGGUCAGCAGGCUCAGAUUAACCGUAUGCCGGUGGGUUCUCCAUACUUCGCUGUACACAUUAUUAUGGAGCGCGAGUCUGGAAAAACAAUGGAUUGUUUCAUCGAGCUCAGUACUCCCAAAGAAGCGACAUGGAUUGCGAACACCAUGUGGACUCGUGCCAGAUCAGGUCGUCCGCCGAAGAUUGACAAUCGCACAGUCGACCCAAAAGUGUCAUCACAAGAAGAACUAAUGCAUGCCUUGUUCCCACGAGCAAGACACGUAGCCUGGAAUAGCAAUAUUCCCAUCAUCGACUUCGCUCCCCGUCAAUACUAUCCUAGUAUCCCGGCUGCUGGCUUCCAAAGGUUUUUGCAUAGCGAAGAGAUUGUAGGCAUGCUAAAGGUUGCCGAACAAGACAAUGGUCAUGGUUUCGCUGGAAAGGCGCCGUGUCGUGUCUAUGAGACCAUGAUCUCGACCAUUCACAAAUAUCCCUUUCACGCUGUCGAGUAUGUGACGAUCGGAGAGCGUCGGGCGUUGUUCGAUCUUGCGCAGCAAAUGCUACAGCACCUUAUCGACGCUGUUCAGAACAUCACACGGUCUACACAAAAUUCUAGAAGCAAACACCAAGUGGCGGGUCCGCCACCGACAGAAGGCUUACUUGAAGAACUUAUCGUCGCCGUGCUGAGCUGUCCAGGAUUCUCCGAGAAGCAGAAAGCAGCAGUCGCUCAGCAAAUCUCCGCAGCAGGCUACGAGCGCAUGACCAAAGGAGGACCCGGACUACAUCUUGGUGGAACUCAUCCACUCAGCAGCAGCUGGCCAUUCCUCGUUCUCACACCAGCACCAGAGGUCGAUUACAACCUCAUUAGGUACUAUGCAUCGCUCCUCCGCGAUGCAACCCUCACUAGGGAGGACCUGGCGUAUGUCCAGCGCCUUCCACCUGCUCUUGCCUUUCAACACAAACCCUUUGGCAAUUUCCUCGUCGACUAUGGUCCGCGUGCUGAGUCGAUGAGCCUGGCUGAAGCAGGGUACCAGGAGCUUUCCCAGGUUCAGCACGUUCUUAAGACCAUUCUGUAUACCAAUUGA